CUGUUGACAUUGUUGGAUUAUAUUAUAUUCAUAGGAGACACUGCACUUUUGGUUUGUGCAAGUUACACCAUAAGCUUACAUCGAUUAAUAAUUUUGAAAAUGCUUCCUUCAGGUAGAUAUACUGUUAUUGACGAGGAUAAUUUCCAGAAUUAUAUUAAAGCAGUCGGCUUUGAUGGUAACUAUGUAAAAUAUACAAUCGAAUUUCAUCAAGAUGGAGAUAAAGUCAAAAUGAACGAAUUUUUUGGAGAUAAGUGUCUUAAAAGCGAAUUUACCAUAGGAGAAGAGUAUGAAAAAAUGAGUAUCACUGGGAAAAAAGUUAGGAACAAAGCCAUUCUCUUCAAAGAUGUUAUUAUAAUGAGAAGUGACGAUCGCACCAUAAUAUACAACUUUAAACCAACAGGAGGAGAAAUCAUCCACAUAGCACCCAAUGCCUUUGGAAAGCUUAUAUUCAAGAAGGACUAAUAACCUGAUGGAUAAUAUAACACAAACUCAUCUAAAUGAAAUAUUUAAAUAAUAAUAAUAAAUAUGUACACAAAAUAUAAUCAUUCUUAUUUAAUAAAAUGUCUGUAUCCAU